AUGGAUUAUCAAUAAUUUGUUGAGAAAAAUAACAUUUUACAAGAUGAAUAGAUUUAUCAUUUUAAUUAAGAUGAAUAAAAUGAUUUCAUAGAUUAGAAACCAUGGGAUAGUUCACCUAAUUAUUUUAAGAAAUGCAAAAUUUCUAUAGCUUCUGUAAUUAAGAUGUUGAUUCAUGCAUGUCUUGGAAGUAUUUGAAUAAUAAAUUAAAUAUAGAAAAUAAUGAAGUUAUGGGUUUAAUGUAAGGUAGAUGUGAUAAAGAAACAUUUAUUAUUUAUGAUGUAAUUUAUUUAAAUGCAGAAGCAAGUGAAGUGAAUGUUACAUUAAGUAGAUAUAAUUAUCAUUAAAUUAUUAGCUCCUGAAGCUAUGGGUGAAUAUGUAUAAAUGAUUGAAAUGUUAGAAACUGUUGGAAGAGUACAUCCAACUGUAGGAUGGUACCAUUCUCAUCCAAGUUAUGGAUGUUGGUUAAGUGGUACUGAUGUACAAAAUUAAAGAAUCUAAUAAAUGGGUUAUGGUGCAUUUGUUGCUGUUGUGAUUGAUCCUAUUCGAACAAUGACAAAUCAAAAGGUUGAUAUAGGUGCAUUUAGAGUGUAUCCUGAUGGAUAUAGACCAUUUAAAAGUAAUUAAUAAUUAUAUUAUAGACAAUUAGAAUGAUAAAAUUGGAAUUCCAUCUUAAAAGAUUAAAGAUUUUGGAGCUUAUCAUGAUAAAUAUUAUUCUUUAGAUAUUGAAAUAUUUAGCAAUUCUAUUGAUAGUAAAAUAGUAUAAGGAUUAUGGGAAAGAUAUUGGGGUGUGAGAUUAUCUUAAUCUAUUCUACAGGAUAACCAAGUAGAUCUUAAUCUUGAUAGAGUUAGUUGUAUUUUGGAUAGUGUUUAUGUGAUUUGAAGGAAAAAUGCUUUAUAAAAUAUGAUCAAGGUUAUUUAGUGGAUGAAUAAGAGAAAAAAGAGAAAUAAUAAAUUUAAGAGGCUUAGAAAUUCUCAGUAGAAUUAGCAGGUGCUUUACUUUCCGAAACUGUGAAGUAAAUAUUAUUCUAAUGA